ACACGGACCAAAUAAAGAAUAAAUUACAAUUAAUUCUUACAUAAUUACAAGCAACUAUAUCAAGCUGAUUUUACUGUAGCAUACACCGGAACUGGUAUAAAUUUUAUUAAUAUAAAAUGUUGGUAACUAGGAGACUUAAUCUGUUGCUAAGGACAAUAGAGAAGACUCAUAAUGAUUCAACAGGUGACAAGCAUGCCUCUCUGUCCAUUGCUGUUUCUGAGCCCAGUGAACCUAAAGUGGUUACCGACAUACCCGGACCAAAGUCGAAACAACUCAUUCAAGAGCUAGACCAAAUACAGAAUGUUGGUGCAGUUCAUUUUUUCUGUGACUAUGACAACAGUCAUGGCAACUACUUGACUGAUGUGGACGGCAACGUUAUGUUGGACUUGUACACGCAGAUAUCAUCCCUACCUCUCGGUUACAACCAUCCUGCAUUGAUCAAUGCUGUGUCCAAACCUGAAAAUCUGUCAACAUUCGUGAACCGUCCAGCCCUGGGAGUAUAUCCACCAGCUGACUGGGUGUCCAGAUUACAGAAUGUUCUUGUCUCUGUUUCUCCGCCAGGAAUGACUCAAGUACAGACAAUGGCGUGUGGAGCUUGUUCUGUUGAACAUGGUCUGAAAGCUAUAUUUAUAAAGUAUAUGAGUGAUAAGAGAGGAGGCAAGGCACCAAGCAAGGAGGAUAUGGAGUCAUGUAUAGCCAAUGAAGCACCAGGAUCACCCCCACUCACCAUACUUUCAUUUAGUAACUCGUUCCACGGCAGAACAAUGGGAGCUCUCGCGUGCACUCACUCAAAAUGGCUGCACAAGUUGGAUUUUCCGAUGCCCGCCUGGCCUCACGUCAGAUUCCCGGACCUUAAAUACCCACUGGAAGAAUUUGUUGAGGAAAACAGGGCUGAGGAAAACAAGAUCCUAGAGGAGGUGGAAGACAAGAUAGAAGAAUAUAACAAGAAGGGCCUACCUGUUGCCGGGGUGAUUGUGGAACCUGUACAGUGUGAAGGGGGAGAUAACUUUGCUUCUGCUGAUUUUUUCCAGGGACUCAGAGAUAUAACUAGCAAGAGAGGUUUGGGAUAUCUCAUGGAUGAGGUACAGACUGGAUGUGGGGUGACAGGGAAGUUCUGGGCACAUGAACAUUUCAACCUUACUGAUACCCCUGACAUUGUCACAUUCAGUAAGAAAAUGUUGACCGGAGGAUUUUAUAACAAGUCAUCUUUCAGACCUAAAGAGGGGUAUAGAAUACUGAACACAUGGGUAGGUGACCCUAGCAAAAUUGCUCUGUUGGGAGAAGUAGUCAAUGUGAUUAAGGAGGACAACAUACUGGAUGAGGUCAAGGUCACUGGAGACUAUCUUCUGUCUGGGUUAAAACAGAUGCAGGUCAAAUAUCCUGGAAUGUUAUCAAAAUCUCGGGGACUUGGUACACUCUCUGCUGUGGACUUCAACACUGCUGCUACCAGAGACAAAGUGAUGGCAAAUCUUCGUAAGAAAGGAGUUCACACAGGAUCCUGUGGAGAGAAAACGCUCAGGUUUAGACCGACCUUGCUCUUCCAGAACAAACAUGUUGACGUGUUCAUGGAACGUUUUGAUGACGUUCUUUCACAAUUUGAGAAAUGAAGCCACAUGUUCUUGAUCAUGGACUCCAGAAGAAUCAACUCCAUCUGUUUGUUUAUCGAUUCUUUAUACAGAUAACACUGCUGCAAACAAUGCAAUCCUUUUGCAAGAUUUUAUGAUAUAAUGUUUUGAAAAUUGAGCAACAAUGUAUUAUGAAGAUAUUCAGUUUAAUAAGGCUGCAAUUAUUUCACAAUAAGAUUCAGCUCUUCACGAUUGCGUCAAUAUUCUUGGACUUAUCAAAUGCCAUCAACAAACUGUUUAUAGAGAAAAGAAAAAUUAAUAUGGGGAUAUAUUUUUUCUCAUGAAUCAUGAAGCUACACCUGGUGCCGAUGCCAGUCAUCUUGAAAUUAGUGUAUACAUGCGAGUUCAGACAGUGAAAUUUACUAACGUAUUUUGUAGCUAAACAAUUAUUUCUUUCCGGAGUGUCGUUUCUUGAUCAUAUUAAACGUUUAAUGAAUGAAAAGGUCUAAUCGUCUUUGAUUACUAAAUCCGUGAAAUUGGAAGAAAAUAUAAACACUUCCAACUUGUGCAAUAGUAAUGUUCAUAAACUUAAGACUAACGGGGGAGUUGCUAUGUAACGUGUAAGACACUUUAAAUUGUACAUUUAAAUAUUAGAUUCUAGCUAGAAUUGUAAGAUAAUGUUUAUGUUAAAAAUUGGAAUUUUGUUAAUAUUUUUGAAAACUUAAAAAAAAAUUAAGCAUAACAUAUAUGUCUAAAAGCUAAAAUGGGGUUUGUGGGUUGAAACCGGGACUUGACGUUGAAAAAGUGAACACAUCGUGGUGCUCCGUGAUGUAGAAUUAUUCAUUAUCAAAAACCUUGAAACAUAGUCAAGUUAGUGAUUAGAGAAUAGCAGUAUAGUAUUAUACAAAUAUAGCAUAUGUAAUUAAGGAUUGUUUGUUUAUGCUAAUUACUUUUAUAUUGUAUAUUAGAGUGAUUCUGAAAAAAAGCUUA